UUAAGAGAGAGAAGAAAGGGGAGCCUGGUUUCUAACCGACUUCUUUGACUCCGCCUCCUAGUCAUUUCAUUUUCCUUAGAAGGCUCUUUCUCUCCCUGACACUGUCUGUCUAUCUGUCUGUCUGUCUGCCUGUCUUUCUGACUUUCUCCCUCAAAGAAAGUCUGUGUACAAGCCAGAAGGACGUGGGAUGGUUAAGAGACGCUAAGAGAGAGACACUGAGUCCCACAGGAGCCCAGGGAAACCCAGUCACCUAGCAAACUUCCCGCUGAACCUCCGCGGAGGGGGCAGAGAACUCUGAAUCGACAGAGAAGACGUGUGUAUGUGUUUGUGAGUGUGUGAACGGAAGGAGAUGAGGAGGAGCCCCUGAAACCAAGGUUUAUCUUUCAUCUUUGCACAGGGGAAAAAAAUGCAACUUGAGAGAUGGAGGUUCUGCGGCGCUCCUCGGUGUUUGCUGCGGAGGUGAUGGAAGUGUUUGACCGCUCCCCGACCGAUAAAGAGCUGGUGUCCCAGGCCAAAGCCCUGUGCCGGGAAUACAUCCACUCCCGGCUCAUCCGGGCCGGGCUGGUUUGGAGCAAGCCCGAGUACAAGGCGCCGACGCCCGGUGGGAAGCUGGCCGAGAUUUCCAGCAUCCUCCUCCGGCUGGGGGAUGAGUUGGAAUAUAUCCGGCCCAACGUCUACCGGAACAUCGCUCGACAGCUUAACAUCUCCGUGCAGUCAGAGACCGUGGUGACCGAUGCUUUCCUGGCCGUGGCCACUCAGAUCUUCGCAGCAGGAAUAACAUGGGGCAAAGUGGUCUCCCUCUAUGCGGUGGCAGCAGGGCUGGCGGUGGACUGUGUGAGGCAGGCCCAACCAGCCAUGGUCCACACCAUUGUGGACUGCCUGGGAGAGUUUGUUCGGAAGACACUGGUGACAUGGCUCAAGAGGCGAGGAGGAUGGGCAGACAUCAUGAAGUGUGUGGUGAACACUGACCCCAGCCUUCGAUCCCACUGGCUUGUGGCCGCCCUCUGCAGCUUCGGUCACUUCCUGAAGGCCAUCUUCUUUGUGCUGUUACCAGAGAGAUGAAUGCCCUGUGCCCGCUGGGCCUUGGGGCCGGGUCCCCUUCCCUGGCCAGAGCACAGCUGCCCCUGUGCAUCCUGGACUCUGGUGGGGAAGGAGCAGGGUAAAGUGUUUCUCUCUCUCCAGCUGGGAAUAAUUGGCCUGGUUCUAAAAUGCCUUUCACUUCAGGAACAGGUGGCUAUCCCCACCUGGGAGCAAGCCUUUGAAGGAUCUCAUUUCCCUCCCCAGCCAGGGUAUACGUCAGAGGGGGAUUCUGGGAAGCUGCUGGACCAGCUUCCCCGAUGCUUAGCGCUCAGCCACGUUCUCCAAGCUACAAAGGGACCGUCUCCUCUGUUCCACAAUCCUCUGGCUGGUCUCUUGUUUCUGCUCCUUCCUUCUCUUUUGAAAGCCACCCUCGGCUCCCCUUCCCAUCACCCCCAGGUGCUCAUCACCUCCCCUGGGAUUGCUUCAGCCUUGCCUCUGGGUUUCCUCUCCUCAGUCCCUCCUCCAAACAGGAGAUUAAAAAGCUUCCUAAGACCCGAGCUGAGUGUGGCAGCCCUCGCCCUCCCUCGGCUGGGAGGCUCCCCGUGGCCUCUGACAUAGCUCCUCAGCCUGGCUUUGGUUUUUACAGCACCCAGUGAACCUUCCCUUUGCAUAAGGAACAUCGGUUAGGAAAAAUGAAUUGACAUUAAAUUAGUGUCUGCUGUCUUACGCAGCCUAGGAAUGCAGGGAGGAGCAUUUCUUCAUCUCUUUCUUCUCCAGACACAGUGCACUCUAUACUACAGCCAAACUGGACUAUUUAGUCAUUCCCAUGAAUCUCCCACCUCUGUGCAUUUGCCCCCUUUCCGGAUCCUCCCCUUCUCCCUCAGUUGUUGCUGUUCUCAUUCUUUGUUGACUUUGUAUUUAUUUGUGUGUGUGUGUGUGGAAUCCUUUUAGUGGAAUGGAAGCUCCUUGAAGGCAAGGACUGUUUC